GAACUGGUUGAAAGUGGUGAAGCAUCGAGUCCCGUUGCAUGUUGGGAAUAUAAAAUAUGUACGUCGGAUAAGCGCCGAUUGGGGAACUGCAUUACCUGUUUAUUCGUGAAUUCUGGUGCGAAAACGUCACAGUCAGACAACAAGUGUAGUGGUGUGGAUGGUGUGAAAGUCCUGAUAUAUCGGGACGUUUGAUAAUUCGGAUGUGAGAGACUUUUUUGGGGAUUUUCUCGAACGAAGGCAAGGCGGCAAACGCUCGGUCGCCUCCAUAAAAUGCCCGUGCAUACAAACGCUGAGGUGCCUUGGACAUUUCUCGCUAACAAUCAAGACGGGAAACGUAACCACGUCUAGGAAAUCCCGCCGCUGGGGAAGAUCAUCUCGCAGCAAAAGCCACUAGCCAGAGCCAGAAGGAGGGCACUCCCCCCUCCCCCUGCGAAUAGUUAAUAAACUAGUCUGCUGACUCUUAGUUUUGCUGCAAAGAAGUUGGUUAUCCGUUAUCCCGCCUAAAAUACCGGCUGAAUAGAAACGGCAUCGGCAUGUGCGAACAAACCGAAAUCAGUUACUUGGACGGAGACGUAGUAUGGGUGAAGCUCGGUGCGUCAUGGUGGCCUGGCCAAGUCACCAGUGUUCAUAACUUGCCUGAAGAUAUUCAGGAAGAUCUGAAGAAGAAACCGCUGAUUGCAGCUGUGAAAUUUUUUCAAGAAGACACAUAUGAGUUUGUGAAGAAUUAUCAGCAAAUCUACAAGUACAACUGCACAUUAAAGGAUGAUUUCAUCAAAAAAGGCUUGGAUAAGUACAGAACCAAAAGCAAAGAUGGAUCUAGUUAUAUGGAUAAAUUUCCCGGGGAUGUGGAGAUGGCUGAAAAAUUAACGGGAGGAGAUGCAGACAUAAUAUCAAGUCACAAAUUCACACGUCAACAGAAACCAGAUAUAUCAGCGCUUUUUGGAGAAAAGAAAUUACCAAAAAAGAAGCGCGAACGUGAAGAUAGAAGCAGAGAAAGACGCCACGAUAGCAGUAGCUCUUCGGAUACACCAUCUAGAAAAAUAAUCCAUCCACGAUUUUUAAAAGAAAGCGAUCAUGAAGUUCGAAUUCGUCAUCAACCCGCAAGCCUUUCAUCCACCCCAACAAACAGCGGUGGUUCACCACAGUAUAGUUGCUAUGUGUGUAACUUUACCUCGUCUCGGCUCAACGUCAUUGUCCUGCACAACAAAACACACAGCUCUGGUGGAACACCAACACCAAUAAGAACUAAUAUUAAACCAUAUUUACAACCAAAAUCCAAAUCUGGAGACAGUAGCACUCCUAAAAGAAAAUACGUGAAGAAGGAUAAAGGUGAGUCAAACAGAGCUAGAAAAGAGAUCAAAUCAGAAGGAGGAAAACGAAAGUACACAAAACACAUAGAAAAAUCAAAUAAAAAGAAGAAACCCGAUCCGGAGCUUCGAGAAAAAUUGUUAGCUGACUGGGAAGAUGAAUCUGAUGCUGAAAUAGAUUCCGAUUUCCACAAAUCUGUCGAUACGAGUUCUUUUGAUAACCUCCCUGAGAACUCUCAGGUAAAUUUCUCAAAUCCUGAAAUUUCUGAUCGAGAAGAGACUGAUGAUGUAGAUGAGAAUGAAAAAAUCCUGUCAGAAGCAGAAAAAAUACUACAUGAAACUGAGUCUUUAUCAACGAUUGUGUUGAGCUCUGAAUCGCCGGUUCGCAAGGUGAAAAAAUCCAAACUUCUCCUUUCAGAUGAAGACACACCUACAAAAAGUGACAAAAAGUCACGUACUGACAAGGACGCAAACUCAGCAAUACCAGAGAAAGAGGAGCAAAAGCCGGACUCUGAAACUGACGAUAAAUUGUCAGCUUCUGAAAGUGAUAAAAAGACUGGAUCUGAUAAAGAUGAUAAAAAAUCAAGACUUGCGUGUUUUGAUUUUGAUGAGGAUGAUUUACCAGCGCCCACAAUACCCCCAGUACGGAAAAUACCCAGGGUUUUCAGCGAUAAAAACUUAUCGUUGAAAAAAGAAAUUAUGAAAAAAUUCAAAAUGAGUCAAGCUUUGAAAAAUGACGAAUUAAACGAGGUAAAGAUCGACACAGACUUGGCGGCAAACGCUGAUACGGAAACUAAUAAAAACUCACAGAUUAUGGACGAAACUGAUCCAGCUAUAGUAGAUUCUGAUGGUAGACUUGAAAAACCAGAUGUCAACAUUUGUGAAACUGAACUCGAGAUCGUGGACCCAUUUCAAGUUGAAAAAGACCAAGAUUCGCCAUUCAAUAAAACGAGUCUUUCAAUAAACUCCACAGAAACACCGAGGCAGACGGAAACACCCACCGAAUUUAGUGUUGAGAAUAAAAAUGUUGUGGAAGCAGAGGAAGAACUAGUUCAAGAAAAGACAGAGGCUGAUGACAAGCAAAACAGCGCCGAUGAUUUGGAGAAAAUGUCAACUGAUGUGGGCGAAAGUCAAACUGGAACCAAAAUUGACGUUGUAGAGGCUGAGAAUAUACCGAUGGAAGUUAGUGAAAUGUCGCCUGUACUUGUUAAAAAGCGUCGUGGCCGACCCAAAAAAAAUCUGUCUACUGAUCAUAAAAAUGCUGGUGAUAGUGAACCUACAGGGAAUGAUAACAGGCCAGUUGAAGUUGAUAAGACUUCUUCAGAAAUUGAAACUGGAUCUAACGAACCGCAUGAAGUUCUACCUGCCACAACUGAAAAACUUGAAGCUGAAGAAAUUAAAACCGUAGAUGCUGGUUUAGAAGUAUCACAGUUGGGGAGGCAACGUAGAUCCAGUAGAAGGAGUUCCAAAUCUGAUAUACUGUUUUUACAGGCUGAUAGAACUUCUAAUGAUGACAGUCAGUCCGAGAUUGAUGACAAAUCUUUGAGCAAUGCAGACAAAUCAAUCGACGCUAAGAGAAAGGGACGUAGAGGUCGAAAACUUUUGGGCUUUGAUCAGAAGUUACCCGAUGCUGCUGAAAAACCCAUAGAUGCUGACGAAAAAUUAUCAGAAUCGGUUGAGAAGCCAGCAGAUUCAAUCUGUGAAGAAAAAAGUCUUUCAAAAUCUGAAGAAAAGCCCAGAAGACGUGGAAAAAAGACUGGAAGGGGUAGAAGACCUGUUGGAUUCAACAAGAAGUUGUUAGAAAAUUUAGGAGAAUCGACAGAAGAUGAUGAAAUCAUUUCAGAAUCUCACAUUGAACUAAUCGACAAGGCUGCAAAUCAAACUACAAUAGCCCUGACAGAUGAGUCAAAAGCAACUGAACCAACUAAGGAGUUAUCAAGCAUCCAUGAAGAAUCUGCUGAACCAGAAUCAUCUAGUAUCACUGCGGAUAACUUGGAAUCAAGUCAGGUUCUAUCUGAUUUAGUAGAUAACGUAACUGAAAACAAAUUGGUUGAAACCAAGGUUACCGUUGUAGAAGACGCUAAAAGUGAGGAGCUAGCGAUUGAAGACGUUACUGUGGAGAGGGUUAGUUCCCAAACUGCUGAAAUUACCAAGAUAUCUCUGGAUACACUUCCUCCAAAGAAAUCGCAAAUUAAAAAGUUCGAGUUGGCACAAAUUGAUUUUUUUGAAAACGAUGCCUCAGUAGAGAAAAUUGUCAUACAACCUGGGCCUGAGAAAAAAAUUGACAAGGUUGAAGAGAUGGAAAUUGAAAUAACUAGGAUUGAUCCCAGUAAACAAGUGGUUGGAGCAUAUUCAGAAAAAAUACCAUUAGUGCAGGAAGGAGUUGAUAUGAAGAAUGAUGGUAAAACAACUACAGAUUUAUUGGCAGAAAUUGAAAAAGAAUUGAAUUCAGAUAACUUGAGCAUUAAACAGAAAUUAGAUAACCAUCCUGACGUCACAAUAGAAAGGGACACUUCAACAGACAGAAAUAAAGAAUCUGUCUCACAACCUGAUCACAACGAAAAGGCAUCGAAAUUGGAGGAAGCAAAACAAAAAGUUGAUAGUAAUGAGUUGGAAAUAGAAUUAGUCACAAAAGGAGUUUCCAAAACUGUUACUGAUACUCCCAUCAAACGUUCGUCGAUGCAAACUAGAUACAAGGGAAAAUUUACUCCAGAAACGGGUGCAAAAUCGAAAAAAGAGAAGGAUGGAUCAGGAGAAGAAAUAGCAGUGAAUACUUUUCAAGAGGCCUUCCUAAAAACUCUACAGAUAGACAACCUAAAGCGUGACAAGAAAAUGAUCAUAGACGAAAUAGAAAUAACUGUUGGCAGAGGGAAAAAAGGUAAAAAACCAAUUGAUAAAAAAAUCGAUAGCGAUAUCGAUAAUGUCAAUAUUGUACCAGUUAGUGAAACCUUCGUACAAGAAACAAAUACUGAUUUGAUCAAUAGUAAAGAAGUUGAGAAGGUUGAAGAUAUUUUGGAUACUGCGGGUAUGUCAAAUGUUUCAGUGGUCACCGAUUUUCAAGGGGUAGAAGUAGUCGUCGAGGAAAAUAUCGAAUCAGAAAUUAAGGUAGACGAACAAAGUAUCCGGGAUACAAAUCAACCGUUGUUAGAGUCAGAGUCCAUUGUUGAAGCAGCCGCAAGUCCAUCAGAUCCAACCAAAAUAGAAGAUAUUUCCAAGGCUUUAAAUUUGGAUAUUUCAAAAUCAGAUGAAUCAUCCAGAGCAUCAAUGUCCACACCUUCACCAACAUCAGCUAGUGGAACUCCAGUAAAAAGGCGGGAAAAACCAAGAAUCAUUGAAAGUGUAUCAUUAAAAGAGCCUAUGCAUAUUUUGAAGUCUAAGUUGCUUGAGAAACUUCCACAAAGAGGCAACAAACAUAAAUUGGAGACAGAUAGUCCAAAACGUGGUGAUUCCAAACAUAGUCCAAGAGCAAAGAUCAUGAAGAUGGACAAUUUACCAUCUAACAGCAAAGUGCGACAAACAUUGAAGACUACAACCCCACAACUUUCAUUAACAAAAAAAUUAGAAGCACUGAAAGCUGAAGAAGCAGCAGCUGCUAAUCUUGAAUCACAAUCUGAACCAGUAAUUGCCCAAACACCCCAAUCUGUUGCUGCAGCACCAGUAACUCAAAAAUUAAUUCAACAGAGUUCUCAAAGCUUAGCUGACAUGGAAUUAGAUAUCAACUCGAUGCCUUUUGUACUGAGCGAAGAUGUCUUGACACCAGAAAGCAUUGAGCAAAUGCCCGUUGUAAUAACUUCACUUGUACCUCCAUCUAGUUCAAUAGUAACAUCAUCUAUUUCACUGACACCAACCUCACCGAUGGUAUCAUCAAGUCAAGGCCAUUUUAAGACAACCAGUGAAUCUUCAACUGAGACAACGCCAAGUAAGAAGAAGAGUGGGAUGCCUGCUAUUUUGAAAAACAAAGGUAAAGGUAAACCAACAAUUACCAGUGUGAAAACCAUUGUGCCUCCGCUUACAGGAGGUGUGAAGGGUUUGAAAUUUCAAAAUGCCCAAGGUGGUAAAGCAUCACCAUUGAUAACUCAGAAAGGGCAGCCAGGAAAAUAUGUGAUUGUCCAGACAACGGGUGGUCAACAAAUCAGGUACAGUGUUCAAGGGAAACCAGGGACCCAGCAAAAAAUUACUAUGCCUGCUGGAAAGAGUGCUGGUAGUGCGCAAAUUGUACACCAGGGAGGAAAGGUCGUUAUUUUAACAUCCCCACAGUCUGGCCAAACAAAAAUGAUACCUCUUAACACGUCCAAAACAUUGGGAACUAAGUUGCAAAGAAUAAUGACAAGCAAAGGUCAGAUAUUUGCACCAAUCAGUACGCAAGGGGUCAUAACAUCGAAAACAAUUAUAGCUCCAAAGACUGAUGCAGGAUCACCAACGACAUCCAAAAUAUCAUCGCAAGGGCAAAAGAUUAUCAGCACUCAAGGCUUACUAUCUACUAAAGGAGGUGUUCUAACACCACUUCCAGGUGCUAUCUCCAAACAAACUUUACUAGGCACGUUUCCACAGGGAAUACUCACCAAGGGUGGUAUCUAUACCCCAAUCAGUGCAGCUUCAUUGGCAGGCAAAACUAUCAUCAGUUCAAAAACAUUGGUAACAACAAAAGGCACAACCAUUUUAUCGCCACUAACAUCUCAGGGCCUUGUAACAUCCAAAGGAACUAUUUUAACACCGAUACCUCAAAGUUUAAGUGGAAAAACUAUUUUAAGUACCCAAGGGCUCGUUGGAUCUAAAGGUACUGUGCUAACCCCGAUAACUGGUCAACAAGUGAAAGCUAUAGCAGCAAAGAGUCCAUCGAAAGGAGGAAAAAUUCAAUAUCAAACAGUUCAACAGAAAAUGCAACUGCCUGCGCUACAAAAGGGUCAAAAAGUUCCGCUACCAUCUCAGAUGAGAGUUAUUGGUUCAUUGAAAUCACCAGGUAGUACGAUAUUGCUCCAAAAUACCGUGACUGGUCAAAAAACGUUUUUAACUGGCAAGAAAAUGAUUAAACAAGCCCUUGCCCAACAACAGCCACAGCCACUACCAGCUCUAACUGUCCAAAGUGGUUCACAGCAAGGAUCUCCUACAGUUUUGUCUCAAGCUCAACAAGUGAAGGGAAAAGUUCUUUCUUCAAGCCCACAAUCGGUUCAAAAAGUUGUAAUACCGCGAACACCAGGACGCCAACAAAAGUCUCAACAGAAAAUUGUAGUCCAAAAACUGCAGGAUUCCUCACUUCAAGGUUCAACUUCAAAAUUAGGAACAAAUAUAUCAAAUGCUUCUAAAACAUUACAGCAGUCUAGACAGAUUUCUGGGAGCAGCUCUCCAGCUACCAAAGCAAGUACAAAAAGCUAUGCAGGAGUUAAAAGUGGACAGCAAAAGAGAAACCUGUUGAAUGCAGCUCUAAAUUCUAUAUCCAGUCCAACUCCAGCUGCAGCUGUCACCAAACCACUCACUCUUCCAAAUAUUGAGCAAACUGACCCUGAAAAGAAGCCCAAAGGACGUGUAACCAUCGAAGAAGCUAUUCCACCAGAAGAACCCAAGGCAGAACCAGCAACUCUAGAGCAAGUUACUCCAAUUGCAGGAAAAAUAGAAGAACCCAAAGUGGCUGCCCAGCCUCAAAUAAUGGCUCUACCUACGGACAGUGGUGAUGGUACCCAAACUUACGUCCUGGUCACAAUAGAUGAACAAGGACAGAUACAGCCAUUGGAUAACAAUACAUUAAUGUCCUUAGAAGGAACAACUCAAAAUCCAGAUGGCACGAGAACAUUGUACAUAGAUCCGAGCUCUUUGGGAGAAGCAGGGACGUUAGAUAAUAUUGUACUACAAUUUGACAAUGGAUGUGUAUCAAAUCUUCCAUCUAAUGUGAGUGAGCCGACUCAAACAGCAAUAACAGAAAGUUUCCCAAGCUCUGAAAUAAUUCAAACAUCAAAUCAAGAUAUUCUGGCAGCUGCUCUUGCUAAUACAGAUUUUCAACAAGAGAUAGGACUUCCGGAUCCUACUGCAAACGUUAUGACUACUGGGCUGACACAGACGAGUUUGAUAAACCAGACUAUCUUACAAUCUACAAUAAUACCUCCCACGGAACCUAUCUCUUCACCUGCAGUACUAGAAACAUCAUUGACGUUGAAUCAACCCAUUAUGACACCAUUGGAAGUGCCCAGCAACUUAACAUUGACAACAGAAGUUCCAUCGGCAGCCCCCGUGAUUCCUUCAUCAUUAGAGCUCCCAUUGACUGUCACCAAUCCCAAUAUUGCAUACAUUUCUGCUGGUGCAGGUCAAAUUCAAAUUCCUGGAAAUUCUAUGCCAGAUAUCGGAGAAAUAAUGGAUAGUUCAGCUGCUAUUAGCCACAGCGAAACUCCCGUCACCACACAAUAUCUAGUUCUACCUAAUCUGGAUGAAAAUAUAACGAUUGAAGCACAGACCAUUCAAACAGACUCAAACUCUGUACCAACGGUUUCAUAUUCUGUAUCGAUUCCUGAAAGUAUGGUGCUCGAUACAACUCCUGUUCAAACAACUCCAUCUAUGCCAAUUAUAGAUGAUACUUAUGCCGAUGAUGUACCAUAUAGUUCGGCACUCCAAACAUCAUUGGGCGGUGAUCAAAGUUUCACUGACGUACCUGUGUCCGAAAUGUUGGUGUCAAAAGCUCCAGUCGCCACAAUAGAAACCACAGCAGCUCAAAAUGUUACCGUAACAUCAAAAAUGUCCGUUAGUCUACAGGAUACAGCAGUAUCAUCUGAAAAAUUGGUGACAAUUCCAGCAGUUUCAACUGGCUCACCAAAUAUACAGGAAGUGUCUGUGUCUUCGCAAGAUAUUUAUACAUCUCAUGAGGUACCUGUCACAACUGAGGAACUCAUCUUGCAGCAAACUGCUGUGACGACUCAUGAACAAAUUUCAACCCAUGAAAUGCCAAUUCAAGAGGAACCCAAUCAGGAAAUUAUUAUGCAAACGGACGAUUUACAUUCAAUGCAGAUGCAAAUCGAUGAUCAUACCCCUGAAGUAGAAGCCACCAGUAUGCCUUCGAUAGAAACUAAAACCUGUACAAUGACCUCUGAGUCACAAAUUGAAAUACAGUCCGAGCAUUCACCAUUUCACGUGACUGAGUCCAGUGAAUUACAAGCCAGCACAUCUUACGGCAUUGUACCUGCCAGCAAGCUCGGCCAAUUGUUGGAAACAUCAACUACCAGCGAAAAACCAUGUCCUAUCAGCAAUGACCAGGCUGAGACUUCAAAUGAAAAAAAUGAGUUGGUUCGGGAUCAAGUAGACAGCCUGCCAGCUAAAUCAACAGAUAAUCCUGAAUCUGAACAUAUGGAUGCUGAGCCAUCUCUUGACACUGAGACUUUUAUUGCUGAUAAAGAGCCAGAGCUAUCAGUACCCCGAGAUGAUACAACAUCCUCUCAAGAACAUAGUCAUGAAUUAAUGAAUGCCGAUUCGGAAAUAAAUUUUGAAGAAGCUGUUCCAGAAACCAGCGAAGAAAUACCAUCUCAAUCUUAUGAGCAAUUUGAUAUCUCCAUGGCAAAUGAUUCCUUAGAAAUUCCAAGUCAGUCUGUAAAUAAGUCUGAAAAUUCUCCAGAACCUACACAGUCAAUAUCUUAUGAAUCUAUAGAAAUCGACGAGGAUAAUGCUUCUGUUGAACCACCGACGCAAUCCUUUGAGGACUCUAAACAAAAUGAAGCUACACAAUCUUACGAAACUUCGACUGAAAUUCAUGGCAACGCACCAACGCAGUCGUUCAACGAAAUCAUGCACAAUCAGGAAGAUAGAAACUCUGGCGACGACUUAGUAGAUGAUCAAAGUUUUCCAACGCAAAGUUACGAAGUAGGGAAAUUGGAAAGUCUGUCAGAAAAAAUGGAAACAGAUGCUGAAAUGAGUCAAGAGGGUAAUAUUCCUUCACAGUCUAAUGAUAUAGGAACUGACGGUAUUGGAACCUCCUCAAUUUCUACAAAUAAUUCCGGAGCAAAUGAAGAUGAAACAGCUAGUUCUUCCUAUGUCCCAGAAACUCCCGAAAACCAAGAGCGGGAUCAAGAUCAGGAAAGUGCAAUCAGUACAUCAUCUUAUGAGAUACCACCUUGUGAAGAAUUAAAUAUCGCCUCAUCGAGUGUGAUUCCUGAUACCUCUGUAAGAGGAGAACAUACAAGCAUUCAUGACAACGGUGUGCCGGAAAUACCGACGUCAUCCUAUAAUUUGAACCCUGACAGCAGCUCAACUCAUGUUGAUGCAGUACCUACAUCUAGUUACGAAGAUCAAGUAAUUUUAGAGCAGAAUGUAUCCACUUCGUACGAAGUACCUAUUUCUAUGCCUGGGUUGGAAGAAACUUCGUCGCAAAGCUUUGUCACUGAGAGUUCGGACCACAGAAAUGAACCAACCAGUUAUUAUACCCAUCACCAAGAAGUAACGGCUAGUUAUUAUGAAUCCGUUCACCAAGAAUCUAAUUCCAGACUUGAAGAUGAUCCCCAGGAAGAAGUUACGGCUAGUUAUUACGAUUCAACUCCACAAGAUAUCGCUUCGGAAGCCAGCCAAAGUUACUUUGCACCGGAAGAAGCUACCCCAAGUUAUUCAAGUCAAAGUAUAACUCCCAGCUAUUAUAAUCCAAGACCAGAAUCGGAAGCAACCCAAAGUUUCUAUUCUUCUCAAGCCUUGGAUAGAAGAGAGCAAUCAUCUUCGCAAAAUGUUGAAGCAUCCCAGAGCUUUUACCCUGAGGUGACUGAGAACCUAAGACUUAGACAGCAGGGCGAAGCAACCCCAACUUAUUCUGCAAGGUACCCCGCUGACUAUACACUAACCGAUUCGCCGAUUGAGAGGCACGACUUGGUAGAGAGUUCUGUGCCUGCCACCAGGCCAGCCGAAAGGUAAUAUACUGUAUAAAUGGUUUGGUGCCGUGCCUCUGAUAAUAAUUAUUCAAUAUAAAUAUUUCAGUUUAAAUUCACUUUAUUUACGAACCUUUGUUUCAAAAAAGAACUGUCAUACGCGAUAGAAAGUUGGCAAAUAGAUCCAAGUCUAUUUAUCAAGUGUACAUAUAAAGUAAGUUAAUAAGCGGUUCGGAGUAAGACUAAAAAUAGAUCCUUAUUAUAAUUUAUGUAUAGGUAUGUUGGAUCACGGAUUCAAUCCGUGAUAGAAUGCGAUAUGAUUAUAAGCAGUGUAGAUUAUGAAGGCAUGUGGUUUUGCCGCAGUACCAUAAUGAGUUCGUUUAACACCCUUUUCAAAUAAAUAAUAACAGUUGGAACUGAGUACUAUAUGGUUUUAAGACUGGGUGCGAGUUGAUAAUUAUUAAAAUAGGCAGAGCAGUUUAUUUUAAUAUUUUUCUUUGAACUUUCAUGUAACGUGUCCUGCUAACUAUUUCAGGCAACUUUAUCCGAUGCUGUUAUGGUAGUAGAAUAUCUAAAGACAUAUGGUUUUUGGUCUGUAAUUAUCCCAUUAAGAUUUUGAAUUUUAUGGAUUUUAAUGAAACCUUAUCACUUUGUAUUACGCUAUUUCUCGACUGAGAAAACAGACAGAGAGUAAAAAAUUCUUCGGGUUUUUUGCCAUUAUUAACACAUGCCCAUGACCAAAUGUCUAUAGUAUACUUGCUACUUUGAUCUUCAGAUCUUGGAUUGUGGUUAAUAAGAAAAAAAAGUUCAGUUCUGUAAUUGUGCUAUAAUAAAGAAAGAAGUAAAAAUAUUCUGUUUUUACAUAGGAUUAAUCUUGCUAUAAUGUUAAGAAUAAAAUUGAACAAAAAUGAAGAAUUGGAGACUACUAAAACAGAAUUUUAUUUCUAUGAGUGAUAUACAUGGUUCUCUUUCUACCGAGAUUUUCUAUCAAUUGAAAAGUUGCUUCUUGAGUAUAACUAUUUUGAAAAGAUUUUUUAAACUUCCAGCUGCAAUUUAGAUUAAGAAAAAAUAACGUUAAAGUCGGGGAAGAACCAUGCGUAUCAGGCUUAGUGUUUAGUUUAUAGGGUAUAGUCACUAUGUAAUCCGUGUGUUACAAGAUAAUAUAACAAACGAAAAUAUAAUUAUAUUAUAUUCUUUAUAGUCUCAUGUUAUUCGGAAUAAAUAUAUUAUGUUUUUA